AUGAAUCGGGGGUCGUAUUUAAAAGAACAACAACAAUAAAAACCGUCUUCUGGAGUUUUUUAAUUCGUCCUGUGUCAUCUCCGCCACGUUAGCCGCGACCAGAACCGGAAGAGAGGAAAAUAGUGGUUGAAAAAAACAACAACGAUGUAUUUCUUAGUCAACUAGCAAGCUAACCGGCUAGCUAGCUAGCAGACGUCAACAGCAGCUCCAAAAUGUACUUUCUCUACACAUUCAUCGCGUCGUUCUGUGCUUUCUUCAUCAUGAAAUGGAUGAAAAAGAGGAGGCAUUGCACCGAUUUGAAAAGACUCGAUGGCAAAACAGUUGUUAUUACAGGUGGUAAUUCUGGCAUUGGCAAGGAGUCGGCCGUUGCCCUGGCGGCGAGAGGAGCCCGCGUCAUACUCGCAUGUAGGGACCCCGACAAGGCUGAGAAGGCCGUGAGGGAGAUCAAGGUGAGGAGCCGCAGCCUCAACGUCCUUCACAUGGAGCUGGAUCUCGCCAACCUGCGCUCCGUGGGGGAGUUCUGCAAGAGCUUCCUCCAGAGGGAGAAGAGGCUCGACAUCCUGAUCAAUAAUGCAGCCAUGCCCGGAGUCCUGCAAUGGACGGACGACAACUUCAGCAUGUGUUUUGGCGUCAACCACCUGGGCCACUUCCUCCUCACCAAUCUGCUUCUGCCUCGCCUGAAGGAAUGCGCCCCCAGCCGCGUGGUCACCCUCACAUGCGCCAGCUACAAAUUCCAGAAACUGGACUUCCAGGACCUCAACUACAACCUGCUGCCCUUCUUCACCUACUGCCGCAGCAAGCUGGCCAACAUCUACUUCAGUCAGGAGGUGGCCCGCGUCACUGAAGGGAAAGGAGUGACCUCCUACGCCGUCCACCCCGGCUUCGUCCAGAGUGAGUGGGUGUGCCACUACUCCGUGCUGCUCCGCCUGCUGCUGCAGGUCCUCAUGUGGAUGUUCUUCGUGCCGUGUGAGGUCGGCGCUCAGACGGUCGUCUACUGCGCCGUGUCGGACGAAGCUGCGAAACACAACGGGGGUUACUUCGUCGACUGCCGAGCGGCAACUCUGCGUCCUUUCGCCAGAGACGCUGGUGUGGCCAAAAAACUCUGGGAGGCCAGUGAGAGACUGGUGAAACUGGCCUGAUGGUGGGAACUGGUGGGGGGGUGGGGGGGGGGGGAUUGUUACACUGCGGUGCUUUCGGUGUGAACGUAGCGUUAGCAUAAUGCUACGUUCAAACCGAAAGCGAUGCGAUUUGUCGCGUCGCCCAAAUCGCGUGAGUUUACUCGCGCGACCAUUUGCCGUGUUCACACCAAAAGCAUUGUAAAGCUCCACGAGGGGCGGGGCUUAUCUCCGUGGCUUGUCUCCUUAAAGACUGUUAUCAUGUCCUUCAUCCACCAUGAAGAACUAACCACUAGUGCUGCUUCAUACUUGUUGAGGACAUCCCACAAACGCCUGAACAUCUAACGCCCUCGUGUCUGGGUUCAUAACAUUAAUAUAUUUAUAUAUAUAUUUAUUUAUAUAUAUAUAAAUAUAUAGAUAUAUAUGUUUAUUUAUAUAUAAAUAUGUAUUUAUAUGAUUAUAUAUAUGUUUAUUUAUAUAUAUAAAUAUGUAUUUAUUAGUGCUGUGAAAAAUAACGCGUUUAACUCAGUUAAUUAAAUUACAGGUUUAACUAGUUGUUUUUUUUAAACGCAUUUAACGCAUGCGCAGAAUGAGCUUCCAAUCCGUCUGUUGUUGGUCGUCUCUAACCAGCAGCAUGUCAUUCUGUCUCUAGUGUCGCGUUAACACGACUCCGAUCUCCGAAAAAAAGUCACUUGCACCCCCCCAAUGCAGGGCUCUCAAGUGUCACGCCUUGAGCGUGAGACUCACGCAUUUCGGUCUUAACUCACGCACUCCUGCCACACAUCGUAUUUCUCACGCUGAAAAAAACUCUCGGCUCUUUAAUGUUUUAAUGCAGGGGUGCUCAAUAUGUCGAUCGCGGUCGCCGCAGAGCUUCGAUGCCGGCGCGCGCAUCGCUCUGUCGCGCGAGCCGAGAAUUGUUGACGGGGGGGGUAGAUGAAAAUUACAGGGUGACGGGUGGAGAUUUCCCCUGUUAUAAUAGGGGAAACACUGGAGUUGAUAAGCGUGUCUUCUUGUCUGAUCAAUACGCAACUGUGAGGUGCGUGAAUGGACCGAGCGGCCAGCUGCUGAUCACUCACUCAACGAACAGACGGUGCGCGCGCAGCGCGCAAACAAUGUUUUUGGGAGCACCGAAGACCCAUUUUGACCCAAGAAAAACCCUGAAUGUAUAUAUGGGAUUAAUCAUGAUUAAUCCACAGAAACCUGUGAUUAAUCUGAUUAAAAAUUGUAAUCGUUUCACAGCCCUAGUAUUUAUAUAAAUGUAUAUAAAUAUAUAUAUUUGUAUUUAUAUAAAUAUGUAUUUAUAUAAAUGUAUAUAAAUAUAUACAUAUAUAUAAAUAUGUAUUUAUAUAAAUUUAUAUAUGUUUAUAUAUAUAUAUAUAUAUAAAUAUAUACAUGACAACACCCGUGCCUAUUUUAUUCUCUGAGUGAGGUACUCAUUAGAGGUACUAAAGAGCUCCGGUUGCCCGCAAACCGCAAUGAUAAGUGUCUCCUCCAUCUUUUUCUGAUUCAACAGCGGUGGGACAGUGAUGACGCAACUCAAGAGCUGAUUCACUUCAAUUCAGUUUAUUUGUAUAGCCCAAUUUCACAAAUUACAGAUUUGUCUCGGAGUGCUUUACAAUCUGUACACAUAGACAUCCCUGUCCCAAAACCUCACAUCAGAUCAGGAAAAACUCCCAAAUAACCCUUCAGGGUGAAAAAAGGGAAGAAACUUGGCCGAGUUGCGAAAUUAUCGCCUCAAAGUUGAAAUAUUUAAACUAGAUGCGAUACUCGUGCCGCUCAAAACGCCCGAACGCGCCGCCUGGAUCAAUGUUGCGCAACCACAGCGUCUGUACGUGGACUGCUCACGGGAUCUCGUCGAGCCGAAAAAUCUUGCCGCUUUCUGUGUGAACGCGGCAUUAGAGUUGUUGACGGUCAUGUACUUUUUUUUAUUUAUGUUUGUGUUCUUCAUUCACAUUUCUGUUGUGUGCAAUGCAGAUGUAAAUAUUGUUUUUUAAUUGAUGUGCUUGUGUAAUUUAAGAAGGAAAUGGGUUUUUUGCACAAAAUAAAAGACUUUACAAUGAUUUCUGUCUUUGGAGAGCACAUCGUCAUCGAAGUUGAACGGUGACUUCAGGUUGAAGCACGCCGUUGAUGCUGAAUAGGCCACGCCCACAACACCACACUCUGGUUUUAGAACAGAUAACGUUAGCUAAGUAGUAUUUCUUCUAUUUUUGGGGGGGAAUUGUAUUUUUCUUUGUAUUUUUUUAUUUAUUCUGAGCAUCUCUUGAGUUUGAUCUGUAAUUUGAGACGUGUAAAGAAGCAUUGAUUGUUGGUACUUUCUCAAUUCAUUGUUCUCAGGUGGCGUCCCGCCCUGAGGGGAACGCCCUCGAGGAAGAACACCCCGACAGGGAGGAGGAUGUGUAUCUGUGCCUUUAAAGAACUCCAGUGGCCUUCACGAGUUACACUGUUAGCUCAAGUUAGCGACGCUAUGUUUGUUUUCUGGGGGGAAAUUGAGGUUGUAAUAUUAGUCAAGGUUCAUUUUCAUUCUGAAGAGUUAUCAGCAGUUGUGUUAAAGUAAGAGAGGGUUUUAGCCAGUGUGCAGAAAUAAUAUCACACAUUUAAUUCCUUUUUUUGUUGUUUUACUAGUGAGACAAACUGUCUUCUACCAAGAGCCACCGAGAAGGACACACAGCUUCUGCUCGUCUUCACAGAACCAACAAGGGGUAACUAUAUAUAUAUACUAGGGCUGUCAGCGUUAACGCGUUAAUCUAUGCGAUUAAUUUGGCCGCAUUAACGCACUAAAAUAUUUUAACGCAAUUAACGCAACUUUGUUUACUUCCGGUGUUCGUUGAAGACACUUUCCGUUUUUAAAACAAUUAUUUCUCCGCGAAAAUAAGGAGCAGAAAUCAGUUUAAACUCGUGGAUGAAUCAGUCGGGUUUCCUCCUGCUCCUCCUUCCUCCCGUCUCCUCCUCUGAUACACAGAGGAACAGAGGGGGGGACGUGUCGGGUGACGCGGCGCGGAAAGAACUCGUCACACGAAACCUUCAACGUGAUUGGUCAAUCCGUUUGUCUGUCAACAUUUUGCGAAAAAAACAACCAAUGAACACUCAGUAAAUCACAAAGGACCUCCCACCUCACAGGUAAGGCUCAUUAGCAGCCUUCAGUCAGAGAGCAGAGAACACGGCACAGGACAACUGAGCCUCAUUACAGAGCUGAGAUUGUUCUGGAAUGUUUGAUGUAUAACACGUGGGUAUGUGUCACAUGAAAACGCCUUUAAAAGGUGAAUCUACAUUUUUUUGUAAAAUGUAUAAAAUGAGCCCAGCCUCCAGAGGGUUAACGUGACAUAUUUGAAUGUCAGUCAGUUACCAAGGCCACUGGUUCUGCUGUUCAGUGGUAAAGAUGACAGGACCAAUGGGGUCUCAAUAUACUUCUUUUUUUUAACUAAUCUGGAUGUUUCACUGAAGAAACAAUUUAUCAUCCACAAUAUUAAAUACCUCACUGGCACUGUAUAGGUAGGAGCCUCUUUGAAAACACAGCUCUGUGUGGAGUUUUGUCUUUAAAAAGAAAAGAAAAACUUUUAAUCGCGAUUAAUGAAUUUCAAAAUGUGCGAUCAAUUAGUUAAUUUUUUUUAAUCGAUUGACAGCCCGAAUAUAUAUAUAUAUAUAUACGGAUGAUGAACCCAGUCGGGGGACAACGGGUCAUCAGAUUUGGAUCAUCAUAUAUUUAAAAAAAAUCAUAUUUCUUCUAAUAAAACAUAAUUUUACUGUUCAGAAUGGACCAAACAAUAAAUGUUAAAGCAAUAAUUAACCUGUUAUUUACGUGUGACUGUUGACAUAUUUUAUAUUAUGAGUUCUAUCUUAACAACAAACGCAGUUUUCUUCCUCAUUUUUAUUUCUGUCGAAGAUUCUGCAGAAGUUGUCUUUAUGAUGUAUAUAUUUCUACAAUGUUGAGUUAAAAUAAAUAAAAAUCGCAAAUGUGUAAUAAAAUGUUAAUUACUUUAAUAUUGUGUUGAUUAGUUCUUCACCUAAAUGCUGUUUAUAUGAUCAAUUAAUCUAUUAAUUCAUUAUAAAUAUCAGAAUUUAGUUAACAAUGCCAAAUAAAAGUCCUCAAAUUAGAGCAAAUGUGUAAUUGUUUUUCUUGAUAAAUGAUUUUAACGAUUAAUAAUUGGUCAUUUUAUCAAUAACAACUGACUCACUUUGGUACGUGAAUGAUAAUUUUAUUGAUAACACCGUAACAUGUUCAUGACGUCAUAGAAACACAAAGAGAACAGAGAACUACAGGAAUACCGUUACUACACUGGAGAAACCCACAAGGGCCAAGAGAGACAACCGGAAACCGGAAACAGCCGACUGCAGAGACACGACCGAAAACGGUGGGAAAGAGAGAGAGAGAAAGAGCGAGAGACGCCAACUCCGUGUUGUCAGGGCAACGGAGUCACCGGCUGGAGGAAAAAGAUGGCGGCGGAGAGUCAGGGUUUUAAUAAUUAUUAUGCAUACAAUUAAUUAUACCGGAAGCUUUCGCUUCUCCGCCAGCGAUGAGCUCUAAAGACGACUUCUGUGUGUGUGUGCGCGACAGCGCCCCCUGCUGGAGCUCCUCCUCCCUUUGAGCUGACUGUAAUCGGACAGUUGGAUUUUUAGUGACUUGCAGGCGACGUGAGAAAUCAUGAUCAUCAGCAGCAUCAUCAUCAGCAGCAUCAUCAUCAUCGGGACACAGUCGUUGAAAAAUAGUUAUAAGUGCUUAUAAAAAGGUGAGAUUAUAACGGCCUUCAGUAUAAAAUGACAAAAAGGCUUUUUGAAACACGGCCAGAAGAGCAGAAGGCACACGCUGCUAUCAAAGUCCAUCGGAUCACUUAUUUUUGUAUCAAAUUUAUUUAUGGGGGGUUAAUUUCGGUUUAGCAUGAACGCCUUCAAGUGACCUUUGAUCUUUUCAGUGUUAGAAGAGGGUCAACUGGGCAUUGACGCCAUUACCGGGAUGAGACGUGAAUACAAAAGAGAAGUCUUAUUGGUUCAUAUAAAAAAUAAUUAAAAAUGAGAAAGAGCACGAAGAUUAAACUUGUUGGAGCUUCAGUUCACUCAAAAUAUAAAUCCCUAAUAUGAGGAUUAAAGUGAUAGAUGUCCCCACUGUGGAUAGAGAGGUCAUGACCUCGGAGGAAGAGGUCGACCGACACGCCGUGAAUCUGCAAAGAUAAUAACGUCAAAAAACAAUCCCCCGAAUCUUGAGAUCUUGCAGAUGACAAAAAAAGA